CGUGCAUACACGUGACUGCACGAGCUCUCAGACAGGUGUUGUGACAUGGCUGACAUCUGAAAGAGAUAUUCAGUCAAGUAAAAGGCAGUCAUAUGACUACAGAUCAGUCCAGAGGGGAAAUCCGAAGAACUAAACAGCCAUGAGUGUACUUGAGGGGUUGACGUUCCGUACAAACAUACUGGAUGAAUUAGGAAUCAAACAAAACCUGUUCGGUGUGCUGUUCACCUUCACGGUUGUGUUACUACUUACCAGGCUGUUACAGCUUUACUUCCUCGCCCAAUGGAAGCCAAGGAAAAACCUGCCCCCAGGCCCUCGGGGUUACCCCAUCAUCGGAGACCUACUGUUUUUCAGCAAGCACGGGUCACUGCAGAGCUUCCGUAAGUUACGACAGCAGUACGGCGAUAUAUACAGUAUCCGUAUGGGGAUGUGGCCAACAGUGGUCAUCAGCGGUAAGGACGCCUUCAAAGCGGCGCUUUGUAUGGAAGAGUUCGCGGACAGGCCUUUAUUUUUCAUCAAUAGACUCAUAGGGGGCGCUAAAGGUCUAGUGUUCGGCAAGUACAACUCCCGUUGGGUCUUGCAUCGCAAAAUCGCCGGAAACGCCUUGAAGAUGUUCACUGGAACGAGGAACAACCCUAUAACUGAGAUGGUACAGGAACAGGCCGAGAACCUUGUCAAUGAAUUCCUCGAGCACAACGGUGAACCGUUUGACCCAAAUGAAGGUAUAUCAUUUUCAGUCGGAAGCGUCAUCUACCAGGUUGUGUAUGGGAGAGGGAAAUUAGCAAGGGAGGAUAAACAACUAUCCUACCUCAUUCGAAAUUUCAACGAUUUCAAAACCUUCGUCAGAGUCGGAAAUCCCUUCGAUGUGAUGCCUUUCAUGGCAUUCCUUACUCCAUGGAAGUAUAAAGGGAUAUUAAGCAUCCUGUUCAGAAUGGGAAUGUUAGCCGCUAAAAAAAUAAAACGGCACAAGAAAAGCUAUGACCCUGACCAUCUCCGAGACGCUACAGAUGGUCUACUGCAUGCGACCUACACGUACUCAGCAGAAGACAAACAAAAAGUGGGUCUCACCAACAAGAUGCUCAUGGAAACGCUACAUGAUUAUAUCGGGGCUGGGUUUGACACCGUGGCCUCAACUCUGAUAUGGGGUUUUAUGUAUCUGGCUGAAAGCACGGAAGUACAAUCCAAAGCGCGUGCCGAGAUAGACAAUGUACUAGGAAGCCGAACUGUAACGAUACAAGAUCGCGCUAAACUCCCGUACGUAGAAGCACUGAUGCUAGAGGUGCUCCGAACAGCAGCAACCCUACCAAUGGCUAUUCCGCACUGCACAACACGUGACAUCAAGUUCCGGGAUUAUGUUAUACCCAAAAACACUGCGGUUUUCUUCGACGUAUACGGUACCUCAUUUGAUGUCGAUCUCUGGGACAACCCCGACGAUUUCAACCCCGAAAGGUUCCUGAAUAAGGACGGCAAACUGGAUCAGGCUAAGGUCGACCUUACAGUGUCAUUCGGGUUUGGAAAGCGGAGAUGUAUCGGUGAAAGCCUGGCCCGACUAGAGGUAUUUCUCUUUCUCGUUAACGUUCUCCAGAGAUGUGAGCUGUACAAACCGGAAGGCCAUCUUUACGACAAGGACGGGUAUUUCUCAUUCGUUCGGUCGCCUGAACCAUUCAAGCUGAUAGCGAGGCCCACAAUGUGACGGUUGGAUACCCAAAACAGAUCAAUUGUCUGAAAUAUAUGGGUAAAAGUUAGUCUUCCUAACAUUUAUAAUUAGAAAAGUUUUUUUUCUUAAGCGUGGCAGUUGCUUUGAUACCAAGCAUACAUGUGUAUACCACCAGGUAAAUAUACCUAACUAUUAAUUACCGUACCGAAAUCUUGACAUCAGGGCCCAGUUGUUCAUAUUGUGAUUAGCUUAACGUCAAUAAAAAAUUUCAACUACAAUAUUUUCAAAAAGUUUGAAAUUAAAAACUAAAGUUUUAUGUAUAAGGGUUAUAAAUGAUCAUCUUAUGACAACAAAUACAUACCUAUUUGCAAUGUUUUACAAAGUUCUCAAAAAUCUAUUUUCAAAAUUGACGUUAAUAAGUCCUUAAGGUUACCAGGCGUUCAACAGCCGGACCCAGCGGUAUAGCUCUACGACGUUAGUAGUACCUAGUCUCUGUUAUCAAUGGGGCCAUUUAGAGUUGGAGCACGUUACAUUGUAGCACUAGGACGCCAUCUUGUAUCGUAUAUGAGUAUCCUCGUAUUAAUUGACGCUAUGGUGUUAAUUAAUCUUUGCUAUCAUCAAAAGAUAGUACUAAGGAUAAGCAUGUGUGCUCGUUUCAGUCUGAUUUACAUAGAUUUCCGUGAUAUGGAACGUUACGUUACGUCACGUGCAGUUGAAUGUUGGUGAUUUCUGCUGCAACGUUAGUUUUGAUAGCACCGUUCCGUUGAGUAUAUACCACUUACUGGCAUAACAUUAUUAGACAUGGUCUGGUUGAUAAACUAUAGUAUACUUUCUUAAAAUAAAGAAAAGAAAAUCACUAUAAUCAAACUUUUAUUAAAGAGAACAUUUUGUUUUCAAGUCUCAACCUUCACAAUCGUCAAUUCAGUGUGUUUGUGCAUAGUUUGUAUUAAAGCAUAUUUUUCUGGGCAUAGUUUCUGAGCACUUUGUAAGGAGCAUCAAAACACUUGAAUAAAAAUGAAG